AUGGUCAUCAUGUCAACUACACCCCCCCACCCUCAUCCGCUCAACUUCGAGGCAAACCUUUCAAUGUAUAUUCCACUCGGGGCAUUGGAACCUAUCCUGCCCGCAUAUGCCCGAUUGCCCAAGGAGUCUAGCCUGUCUUCUACAUCGCCAUUCGUCUCUCAGCAUAGUGCCUGUACGGGCGCCGAUGAUUUGGAAGAUGGCGUCGCCGCCGACCAGCAGCAGGAUGCCGUCUCCAUGUCCGCAAAGGACAGGAAGAAGGCCAGGAAGAAGGCCAAGAAGCAGCAGCUUGCCGCUGCAUCUACACCAUCAGCUGAGGAGCAACCGCCCGAAGAGGCCCCGGUAGAGGCCCCGGCAGACGACAUGCCGUCGGCGGACGAGACCCCGGCGGCAGAGGAAGCAACGAACCUGUAG